AGCUGCAAAGGAAACAAAAACAAAGGGAGUGAGAGAGAGAGAGAGAGAGAGAGAGAGAGAGAGAGAGAGAGAGAGAGAGAGAGAGAGAGAGAAUGGAGAGUCAUGAAGAAGCUGAGGAUCAAAUCAUAUUCAUAUGGGAGUGGGUUAAGGUGGCAGGGAUAGCUGUGACACUUCUGGUAGUGUUUCUCAAGGUGGGAGUGGCUCUCUGGUGGCGGCCCAGGAGGAUAGAAGAGCACUUCUCCCGGCAAGGCAUCCGGGGCCCUCCGUACCGCUUCUUCAUUGGGAACGUGAAGGAGCUCGUCGGAAUGAUGAUGAAGGCCUCCUCCCAGCCCUUGCCCGACUUCUCACACAACAUCCUCCCCCGCGUGCUCUCCUUCUACCACCACUGGAAGAAGAUUUACGGUUCCACAUUUUUGGUGUGGUUUGGACCCACAGUCCGCCUAACAGUCUCUGAUCCCGACCUGAUUCGGGAAAUAUUCACUUCCAAGUCGGAAUUCUACGAGAAGAAUGAAUCCCACCCGCUGGUCAAGCAGCUCGAAGGCGAUGGCCUGCUUAGCCUUAAAGGAGAAAAAUGGGCUCACCAUAGAAGAAUUAUAUCGCCCACAUUUCACUUGGAAAAUCUCAAGUUGAUGGUACCAGUUGUGACAACUAGUGUGAUGAACAUGCUGGAAGAGUGGGAAGUGUCGAAAUCAGGAGAAUUCGAGGUAGAAGUCUCGGAAUGGUUUCAAGCUCUAACUGAGGAUAUAAUUACAAGAACGGCAUUCGGGGUCAGCUACGAAGAGGGAAAAGCCAUCUUCAAGCUCCAAUCACAGCAGAUGCUUCUUGCUGCCGAAGCAUUUCAAAAAGUAUUCAUCCCCGGAUACAGAUUUUUACCGACGAAGAGAAACAUAUAUUCUUGGAAGCUGGACCGGGAGAUAAAGAAAUCGUUGAUGAACCUCAUCGAUCGACGGAAAAGGAAGUCCGGCGAGGGGCCGGCGCUCGAGGCGGAGGAGGAGGGUGAAGGCCCCAAGGACCUGCUGGGCCUCAUGAUUCGAGCCUCCACCCAAAGCACCGCCAUCUCUGUCAAUGACAUCGUAGAGGAGUGCAAGGCUUUCUUCUUCGCCGGCAAGCACUCCACGUCGAACCUUCUGACGUGGACCGCGGUCCUGCUCGCCAUGCAUCCCCGGUGGCAGGAGGCGGCACGCGACGAGGUGCUCCGAGCAUGUGGGGCACGUAACCUCCCUGGCAAAGAUGACGUCGUUAAAUUCAAGACGCUGAGCAUGAUUGUGAGUGAAGCCUUGAGGUUGUAUCCUCCAGUGAUUGCGAUGAUCAGACGGGCUAGAGUCGAUGUGGAGCUCGGAGGUUGCAAGAUCCCCCGAGGUACCGAGAUCCUGAUCCCAAUCUUGGCUGUUCAUCAUGACCAGGCUAUAUGGGGACACGAGGCAAAUGAGUUCAAUCCAGCUCGGUUUGCAGACGGAGUGGCCAGGGCUUCGAAACACCCAUUUGGGUUGAUCCCAUUUGGCCUCGGUGUCAGAAACUGCAUCGGGCAGAAUCUGGCCAUCUUGCAGGCUAAAUUGGCACUCGCGAUCAUACUUCAGCGAUUCAGGUUUCGUCUCUCCCCUACAUAUAAACAUGCGCCUACGGUCCUAAUGUUGUUGUAUCCACAGCAUGGCGCGCCGAUCAUUUUCAGCCGUUUGGCCGACCCAGAGGCACCACAAGAUCAAGGGUCAUGAUUAAUUAAGUAGUGAUAUGGGAUACUAUAGCUAGGCGUACUCUUAUGAUCAAGUGCUGUUAAUUUUGUUCGCGGAGUGAUCGAUGCAUUAUUACCUCGACCGCCUCUUCCCCAAACUAUCCUACUGGUCGGAGAUAUAGAUGAUUGAUGAUCAUGUGAGGAGAUUAUGAUCUACAUUUGGGGAAAUUAAUUAAGAGGUAGAAAAGCUCGAAGAGGGAAAAAGAAGAUUUGGCAUUUUGAGAUCUGACCCCCCAAGGCCAUGUUUUUUAAGCUCCCCACCCACCGAAAAAAAAAUAUAUAUCCAAUCUGGCACGUGAGCUGAAUUUUUAUUCUGAUAAUUUAGGAUUUUAGGAUUUUGGCUAACAGAUUAAUCGAUAGGAAGGGUUUCUCAUAUCAUAUAUAAUAUUAUAUAUGUAUGUAAUGUAUAUUAUUGCACAAGUACGAAUCAUUUUUGUAUC